GAGGGAAAGAAGCAAGACAAAAUGAGAAACAAAACAAAACUACGAAAGUAAAUAAUAAAAAAGUGAUUCUAAAUAACGCGGUUUUAGUUCAGUUUUAGCUUCUUCUCUUCUCACUUCACUCACUCACUGCACGUUUUUUCUCACACUUUCUUUCUCUUUCAUGCCGGAGUUUCAUCUCUCUCAUCCUCCGGACAAACUACAAAAACCCUAAACCUUCGCUUCACCACUCUGCUCUUCAGAUCUACACUUCAACAUAUCACUGAAGCCAUUAUGUGCUGCUAGCGAUGCCCGAUUCCGAUCCCAAAGCGCCACAGCGUCCGGGGCCGUGGCCACCGGCGCCGUUGCCGGACGCCAAGGCAAUGCCGCCUUCUACCUGGGCCAAGAAAACGGGCUUCAGGCCCAAGUUUUCGGGCGAGGCCAAUGCCAGCGACUCAGGUCAGAUAAGCCUCCAGCCCAAGCCCAAGGAGCCCGACACUAGCGUGGAUCUCGAAGCAGGUCGGGCUCCGGCCUCGACACCAGCCAACGGCGUGGCUCACCGUGACAAGGUCCCGCCGCUUCCUCCUCCCAAGGAUCAUGUCGUGAAGAAGCGCAGAGACUCUGACGGAGUCCCCAAGAGUUCCGUUUCCAGCAUUAAUGGCCAGGCGGCGGCGGCGGCACCGCCGCCACCUCCUCCGCCGGGGCGGCGGACUGUGAGUCAUGAGAACAUUGUGGACGACGAUGGUCUAGUGUCGAGGAAUUCGCAUAUGAAGUAUGACCUCAGAGAUUCACCUGGUUUAGUUCCCAUUGGGGUGUACGGCAUUCAGCAUUAUGUUUCGAUAUUGGGUUCGAUGAUUCUCAUUCCGCUUGUUAUGGUUCCGGCAAUGGGAGGCUCUCGCGAGGAUACUUCUGCUGUGGUGUCGACGGUGCUCUUUGUGUCAGGAAUGACUACACUGUUGCAUACAAAUUUUGGGUCGAGGUUGCCCUUGAUACAGGGGCCUUCUUUUGUAUAUCUGGCUCCGGCCUUAGCGAUCAUCAACUCCUCCGAGUUUCAAGGAUUAAAUGAAAAUAAAUUCAAACACAUAAUGAAGGAGCUGCAGGGGGCUAUAAUCAUUGGAUCGGCUUUUCAAACAUUCCUUGGAUAUACCGGCCUUAUGUCACUGUUAGUAAGGUUAAUCAAUCCUGUGGUUGUAUCCCCAACUAUUGCCGCAGUUGGACUUUCAUUUUACAGUUAUGGUUUUCCGAUAGUUGGUACGUGUCUGGAGAUUGGUGCUGUGCAGAUAUUAGUGGUUAUUGUGUUUUCUCUUUAUCUUCGUAAAAUAUCUGUUUUUGGGCACCGCAUAUUUCUAAUAUAUGCAGUUCCUUUGGGUCUCGCAAUCACAUGGGCAGUUGCUUUCUUGCUGACUGAAGCUGGAGUUUACAACUAUAAUGGGUGUGACAUAAAUAUACCUUCCUCAAAUAUGGUUUCUGAGCACUGCAGAAAGCAUGUCUCAAAAAUGAAGCAUUGUCGAGUUGAUACUUCUUAUGCAUUGGAAUCAUCCCCAUGGUUUAGAUUUCCGUAUCCGUUACAAUGGGGUACUCCUGUCUUCCAUUGGAAAAUGGCUCUUGUGAUGUGCGUGGUUUCCUUGAUCUCAUCUGUUGAUUCGGUUGGUUCAUAUCAUGCAUCUUCUUUAUUGGUAGCGUCUCGUCCUCCGACUCCUGGAGUUCUUAGUCGAGGAAUUGGUUUGGAGGGUCUUUCUAGUGUCUUGGCUGGUCUUUGGGGAACUGGAACAGGGUCUACCACCUUAACUGAAAAUGUUCAUACCAUUGCGGUCACUAAAAUGGGAAGCCGCAGAGCAGUUCAAUUGGGUGCAUGCUUCCUGAUACUGUUGUCUCUUGUGGGUAAGGUGGGAGGGUUCAUUGCUUCAAUUCCUGAAGUCAUGGUCGCUGGUCUCUUAUGCUUUAUGUGGGCAAUGCUUACAGCUUUGGGCUUGUCAAAUCUACGCUAUAGUGAGGCUGGAAGCUCUCGCAACAUCAUCAUAAUUGGGUUAUCACUGUUUUUCUCUCUUUCCGUACCUGCCUACUUUCAACAAUACGGCAUCUCCCCACAUUCCAACUCGUCAGUGCCCAGUUACUUUCAACCCUACAUCGUGGCUUCUCAUGGGCCUUUCCGCACCCAAUAUGGAGGGUUAAACUAUUUCCUGAACACAACCUUUUCUCUACACAUGGUAGUAGCUUUUCUUGUUGCUGUCAUCUUGGAUAAUACAGUGCCUGGCAGUAAGCAAGAACGUGGAGUAUACGUCUGGUCGGAAACUGAAGUUGCUAGAAGGGAGCCUGCUGUUGCUAAUGACUACGAGUUACCCUUGAGAGUUGGUCGGAUCUUCAGAUGGGUGAAGUGGGUUGGCCUGUAAAUGAUAAGUGUUUUCUUGGUUCAACAUUUUCAGUUUAUUGGAUGUUAUCAACCAACCAAGAAAUUGCUCCAAAUCUGCAUUCACAUCGUCUUAGAUUUAAUCAUGGUUAGUAUAGUUGGUGAUGUUACAGAGUUAAAUUGUGUAAAUUGAAGUUCCGGAGCGAUCUAUUUGUGUCAUAAUUUUAUCAGGGUCUAUUUAUUUCAAAAUUUAUUAGAGUAGCAUGUAUCUAGUUUUGAUUCAUUCAAAAUCUCCACAUGGAGUUUCUUCUUCAUUGCUUUAAGGCUGCUUUUGACAAAUCAUCUCGGUUAUGUAUAUAUUAUAUAUCAGCACAUUAUACCUUCUCAAUCGGGACUUUAAAGUUUUUGUUUAAUAUAUUUAUUCCGAUCCACCUAUUACCUUUGGCACGUAGCUGUUGUA